UUUAUUCACCAAACAAUCCAAGUAGCUUCCAACAUCCGCAAUGCAAGCUCACUACGCUGAAGCCUUUUGCCGCCACAACCUUCUCCGCCCGCUUACAGGGUUCCGCUUCUGCGCUAGCCGACCCUUGCCGCACUUCUCAUCCGCCGCAGUUAGUUUUUCCUUUAAUCUUUCUGACAGAGAUAGGCGGCCUCAGGUUUGGAAGCAAAGGGCGGGAAGGUAUGAGACGGUUAGGGCCAAAAAGAAGGACAAUGUUUGGAGUAUCGACAACGAGCUUGCGUCCAAGAAAGCCGCGGAGGAGAAGAAAGGCUUGAAACGGAGGAGGAAGCUGAGGAAAAAGGUGAAGGACUCCAGCAGGAGUGGGGAUUCUACCGUGAUGGUUUCCGGGGCUAUGCUGACGGAAGUAGAGACUGUACUCCAGACUCAGGAACCAGUCAUUAAACCUUCUUGGGAUAUCUUUGCAAGCAGUCUUACUGGGAUUUGGAAAGGUCUCGGAGCAGUUUUUUCUCCUUUCACUGCUGAGAUGGAGCCUAUUGGUGUUGGAAAUCAAAAUGAAAAUCUUUUUGAUUGCUACACUCUUUCACGCAUUGAAAAGGUACCAUCUCAAGAUUCUCUCUCUCAAAUUCAUAGGAAGACAAGUCGGGUGGCUUUGAACCCAUAUGGGGAAACAAGGAAGCAUGCUGAUCUCUCUAAUCGUGCAACUGGAAGUGUUAAAUCUUCCAUCGCUGGUAAAGUAAAUUCGGAUGCAGGUGAUAUGGAAUUUGAUUUGCCUUGUUAUGAGUCAUUUGACCUUGAGCACAGUGAAAUAUCUGAAGAAGAUUCAAUGAGCGUGGAACCAGGCCUGGUUUUCUUUGAGGAUGGAUCAUACUCUAGGGGUCCUGUGAAUAUCCCGGUUGGAGAAUAUGAUGAGUCAAAAUAUUUUCUAUGUCCUACUUAUGGGUUCGAACAAUGUUUAGUGAAAGGUUGCCACAAGAGACUGCGUAUUGUUCAUACCAUAGAAUUUAAUGAUGGCGGUGCAAAUAUCCAAAUAACAAGGGUUGCCGUUUAUGAAGAAGAGUGGGUCAGCCCAGUUAAUAUUUCUAUUGGAGAUAGUACGCCGUUUGAUCUAAGACCAAUAUCUCAGAGAAGACGAAUUCAGCCCUCAGAACUGGCUGGGUCCUGGAAAGUCUUUGAGGUCAGUGCGACUCCAGUCUUCAGCUCUGUAGAAGCAUCUGAAGAAGGUGAUCCAUCUUUGGUGUACCUCUGCAUGGAGACAUUGAAGAAGAGGAGCUUGCCUGAAAGCUCAGUAUACUUUGGUGAGGAGGCAGAACUCGACUCGAAUGAUGUUACCAUCCUCUGGUUACCGGGCGGGGUGGCAACAUAUGUUGAUGUGGAUAAAGAGGGAACAUUGUGUAUUGGGAUUAGUUGGUAUUCUGAUGAAGGGAUUAACCUUGUUAUGGAAAGAGACUAUGGAACGGAUGGAAACCUCAAGGAGGUGAGGUGGAAAUCUGAGAUAAAGAGGCGGUGGUCUUAGCCGUCAUCUCGGAUGCAUCCGGAGUUCAAUUGUGGAGCGUCACGUGUCAAGUAGGCCCCGCCGUUUUUAACACUGGCCAAUGCUAGUAUAGUGCGGUGGGGACCACUUGUCAUAUGGCACCGGAUGCAAAUUGAGUCCGGAUGUAAUAUUUUCUCUCUGUCAUGGGGUGAGUCUCUGUAUAAUUGUAUAGGGAUUGGUGUUAAGUGUGUGAUUACAAUUUGGAACUUGGAAUCUUGACUGUUGUUUGGAAAUAUAUGUUCGU